GGAAGCACCGGAUGAAAAAAGAGCUGCAGAUCUCAAUGGACUGGGCCCUAAUUGUAGUUUUGCAAGUCAUGUUUCAGCCAUCUCUGUCAGUGUUGUUCACUGUUGUGGCAGAGCGAACCACGUACGAGUCAACGUUUGGAGGAGAUGUUGUGAUGGGCUGCAGGUUUCAGCCUAAAUUCUCAAAUCCUCAUGCUGACCUGAAAGUGACCUGGCACUGGACCAGCCUCCCCUCGGUUCGGGAAGUGUACCGUAUGGAUAACUGGGAUGAGCACUUGGCGUCCCAGGACUAUCGGGGUAGGGUGAGGCUUCUCACUGAGGAGCUGCAGGAAGGCUGGGCCAGGUUACAGAUCUCAAGGCUCAGGAUCAAUGACUCUGGGACCUACCAGUGUUCGGUACAGACAGCAGAAGGAGCUGAUUAUAAAGCAAUAACUUUGUCCGUUGUAGCACCUUAUAACGCAGUGACUAAACGCAUUCAGAAGGCUGCAGAGGAGGAUGAGUUGCUGCUAACCUGCCAGUCUCGGGGGUACCCCGAGUCCUCUGUUAUGUGGCAGGACGGCCACCUGGAAAGACUCAAUCCCGAUACCACUGUUGUAUCAACUGCAGACCAGCUCUUCACAGUCACCAGUCAGAUACGCGUCAGAUCAUCAGACAAAAACAACUACACGUGUUUCUUUACACAAGAUGGCAACUCUGCAACAUUUCACAUUCCAGAUGAAAUUCCUGUUCUAAAAGUAAAAAAUGAUGCUCUCAUCAUUGUGUUGAGCAUAGGAGUGAUACUGGUUGUGAUCAUCAUUGCAGUGCUCAUGUACAGACGACGAAAAGGCUCCAAUGCUAAUAAUACCAGGAACCUUUUGGUCGAUGGUCGAGGCAGGUCUGCUUCUGCUGUUGUCUGCCUCGAAAAAGAUGAAGACAAUGAGGAAGAGAUAAGCGUGUUUAAUGAAGUUUCCAUGGAGGACAAUCUGGGAGUGUUUCUGAGAGCCCACUAUUGUGACUUCUCCUUCAGCCCAGAGGUGAGACAUCACGGGAAUGCUUUUGUUGUGGAGGAGCUGCGUCAAAGGCUGCGAAACAAUGAGGGCCAGCCUGUGAAUCUUCAAGCUUUACUCCCAGAAGCAGGAGAGACACUUUUCCUUGAGGGACCCCCAGGAAGCGGGAAGACAACCGUAGCCCACAUCCUGGUCUCUUGUUGGACUGAGGGGUCCACACAUGCCCUCCCUAACCUCCUCGAUCUCAGCACCCUUCCACUUCUCUUCUAUGUCGACGGCAGCAAAGUGAAGGGUGACCUCUUUCAGGAAAUAACAAUUCAACUUUCUCUCAAGGAAAAGAUAUCCACGGAGGAUGAGCUAAGGACGGUGUUAACCAGGUCCGGUGAGGCUCUGCUGCUGUUGGAUGCGUAUAGAGAAGGGAACCAAUUUUUCGAUGAGUCCUUGAGGAAGUUUCUAAGGGAAAAAGGAGGAUGCAGGGUGUUGGUCACGGCCUGCCCGGGACACUGCCCCACACUCAAGGACACGGUUGAGACAGAGAGGGUGCUGCAGCUCCAAACAGUAUGAUAUAUGGUCACACAUGGUUGUGACUAACAAAGACAUUAAGCACUUUUUACAUGUUAAACAAACAUGUGUGGUUAGAUUUUGUAUAAACCCAGAUAUGCUGCGAAAUGUGUUGAUUUCGAUAUGUGCUGUAAAUACUACUAUUACAUUCUUUAUAGGGCAGCCCUGCAAGUCAUUUUGAUUAAAAAUA